AUGAUGAAAAAGUGCGAACGUGUAUUCAACUAUUUCGACAAAAACAAAGAUGGAAAACUUACCCCGUUGGAGCUCCACCGUUGCAUUGGAUCAAUUUGCGGUGAUUUAUCACUUGAAGCGGUACAACUGGUGGUUGCGCCGUUAAUUUCCGGUGCGAACGGGAUUCUGGGAAUGGAUGAAUUGGAGUGUUUGGUCGAAAGUGAUAACGAAGAAGAGAGAAUGGAGGACCUGAAAAAGACGUUUAGAAUGUAUGAAAUGGAAGGAAACGAAUGCAUUACUCCAAGAAGCCUAAAGAGAAUGCUGAGCAUAAUGGGAGAGUCGAGGUCUGUCGAUGAAGUGUUGGAAUGA